GGGUGACUAUCAAUUCAUUUUUUCUUUUCUGAGUAUUCCUGCCAUUGAAAUAUUUGAAGACCCCAUUGGAAGCAAUGGUUCUUGAACUUUCAGUGACGGGAUCUAUAAGGGGGGAAAACUAUGAGGGAGAGGAAAGGCAUCAGUUGGAUCUUGUCUGAAAUGACUAUCUAAUUUGAUACUUCCACGAGAGGUCUACAAAUCGGUUCUUGAAGAGCAUUCUGGAUCUGUUGGCAGUGGCCUUAGGACUUAGGACAAGAAUGUGAGGCCAGACUAUCUGAAGAACAUAUGGAAGCUAGGUAUCAACUGGAAGUACGCUAGUGAAGUGUUCAAGAAAGAAUUUCCUGAGACUCGACCCAUUACCCUGAGCUUCUUCCCUAUCGUAAAACAAAGUGAUGGGCUAUGAUGGAAGAGGUGUUUCCCUGGCCUUGGUGGAGGUUUGAUAUUCCCAGGUGACAUAUUGCUUGUGGCUUGGGUUUUGAUAGCCUUGGGCGCAUGUUCACUAAGCUGAUGUUGGCAGUUAGUUUCAGGCCGACAAAUAAGCUACAAAGCAACUGAUAUGGCUUAUUGGAUGAAUGACAUUACAUGUAAAAACACAUAAUCGCAGAAAAUUGCCUUAUACCAGGAUCUCAGCACCAGCCAAAUAGGUGCAUUGUCCAUGACCGAUUUAUUGGCCGACUUGAACCAUUUGUCUGUUGUUUCAUUCAUCAUAAUGCUACAACUGAUUAAUCUUCUAGAUUAGCUCUGACAUUGUUGUGAUUUCCAUGAAAUUGCCCAGCUCCUACAUUAUCUCACAACCAAAAAUUUCUAGCAAAUGGGUUUGGUCGAGACGCCACACUCUGUCAAAAAUCGACUACACAUGUUUUCCAUUCUUCUAGAAGGCACAAAAGAGAUAGAUUUCAGACUUUAAUUGCUAUUUUAAAUAUUUUGAACAAGACUGUUAUUGGCGCGAGUAUUCGUGAGAACUCAAUAAAUUGUUUCUAUUCGCUCUAAAUAUGAAACUCGCUGCCAUUUGAAAUCAUUCUUAAAAUUAAAGCUUAUGAUGAAGUUUCUCUUUUUUCUGAUGAAAGAUGAUGAAGGUCCAUUUUUCUAUUUCUUUUGGGGAUAAAGAUCCAAACUUAAGACGGAGCUGUACGCUGGAGUUCUGUCGAUACACAGGAAGAAGUUCGGUCCGGACAUGGUGCAGCAGUGGGAGGACGCACUUCGAGAAGCCGGAAAAAUCAAAGGAUGGGAACUGAAGGAUAAAGGCUACGGAGAAUUUGCUAGGUUCUUUGCCAGAGAGGUUUCGAUGAAGUUGAAGGUGAAACAUAAAUGUGUGACGGACUAUUUAGUUCAAAGGGAUGAUCAAGUGGAAGCUCUCAUGAAGCUGUUAGAUAUUGAAUCGUCUGAUGUACGUUUUGUUGGGGUCCACGGGAUGGGUGGGAUUGGAAACACUACUCUAGCCAAGGUUGUCUUCAAUAAGCUCUGCGAUCGUUUUGCUAAUUGUAGCUUCCUUGCUGAUGUCCAAGAAUCAAGCCGGCAGCAUGGUAUUGAACGUUUGCAGAAACAACUGUUAAACAAUCUUGGUCUCGGAUCAGUGGAAAUCAUGGAUGUGGAUGAUGGGAUCAUGAGGAUAAGGGAAAUGCUUGUGCAAAAGAGAGUUCUAAUUGUUCUUGAUGAUGUAGGUCACUGGAAGCAGAUCCAGAAUCUGACAGGGGAUGCCAGCUGGUUCGCUUCUGGAAGCAGAAUUAUUGUCACUACCCGGGACCAGCGUGUUCUAGAGAUCAAACAACAAAGAGUUUACACUUUGGAAGUGGAGGAAAUGAAACCUGAAGAAGCUCUUCGACUUUUCAGCAUGCAUGCCUUUGAAAAAUACCCCCCUCCGAACGACUACCUCAGACUCUUGCAGAAAGCCGUUGCAAGUAGCGGGGGACUUCCUCUGGCUCUGGAGGUCACGGGUUCACUUCUUCGGGACAAGCGCCGUAAAGAUUGGGUUGACACAAUCAAGAGGUUGGAGAGGGUACCUCACCCAGAUGUCCAAGACAAGCUAAUGAUUAGCUACGAAGCUUUGGAUCCUGGGACAAAACAGAUAUUUCUUGAUAUCGCGUGUUUUUUCAUCAACUAUGAUAGGAAGUAUCCUACUUACAUGUGGGAAGCUUGUGAUUUCGAUCCAAAGAUGGGACUGAAAGUGCUCGUCCACAUGUCCCUGGUAAAAAUCAUAGAAGAAAAGGGAUGGGAUGGAAUAAAAAAAAAAUUAUGGAUGCACGAUCAGCUGCGGGACCUUGGAAGGAAAAUCGUCGCUGAUGAGAGAUUCAAGGACGUUAUGAAGUGCAGCAGCAGAUUGUGGAUGCCCGAGGAUGCUUUAAAAGUGCUACGGGAAGAAGAGGACAAAGAAAACAUUGAGAUGCUGCGUAUUCACUAUGAUGACUCUUAUGGAUACACCUUCAACCCGAAAGAACUUUCAAGUCUCCGAAAAUUGAGAUAUCUUGAGUGCUGGAGUGCAAACUUUUCAGGACACCCAAAGCACUUUCUGCCGAAGCUAAUGUGGCUUUCCUGGCGAAGCCAUCCCAGGGAUUUCAUGGGAACUGAUUUAUAUUUGAGGAAUAUUGUCAUUCUUGACCUCUCGUGGAGUACCAUAAGCGAAACUUGGGGUGGAUGGAACCAGAUUUGGAUGGGAAGCAGAUUGAAAGUUCUCGACCUUACAUGUUGCUAUCGCUUGACGAAAACGCCUGAUUUUUCCAAGUAUUUGAGUCUAGAGAGGUUGAUUCUUAGACGAUGCGAGAACCUGCUUGAAAUAGAUCCAUCAAUUGGUAAGUUGAGAGGCCUAAAACACUUGGAUCUCUCAGUGUGUACUUCUCUGAGAAGCUUGCCGGAAGAAUUAUGUUGUUUAGACAGCCUUCAAGUUGUUUGCCUUAAUUCAAAUUGGCCUAUGACUUCCCAAAUGAGAGAUCCCCAAGAGUCCCACACUUUCGGAAUCCCAGAACUAAUUGAUAUAGACAUUGCCAAAUUACCUCAGACAAUUGGAACACUAGUGAAGCUUAAGGUCCUCAAAUUAAAUUCCUGUAUAAGACUGAAGAAGCUUCCAGAUUCACUGGGGAAUCUAAGAUCACUGACUGAGUUGGAUGUAUCAUAUACGGGAAUUACUAAACUACCUGAUACUAUUUGGAAUCUAAAGAAGCUGAGAGUCAUCAAGAUUCGAAUGAAGAAGAUUAAGGAGUUGCCAUCCUUCAUCGGGAUGCUAAAGAGGCUUAAGAUCCUCGUGUUAAAUGGCUGUGAAAGGCUGGAGAAGCUUCCAGAUUCAUUGGGGAAUCUAAGAUCACUGGUUGAGUUGGAUAUAUCAGAGACAAGAAUUACUGAACUACCUGAUACUGUUUGGAAUCUAAAGAAGCUGAGAGUCAUCAGGAUGGUCGGAAUUAGGAACAUUAAGGAGUUGCCAUCUUCCAUCGGGAUGCUAAAUAGCCUUGAAGUGCUGAAUGCUGAUUUGUGUCAUUUACUCGCAGAGAUUCCAUCAACAAUCGAGGGGCUCACCCGCUUGAGGGUCUUGAAUUUACUGUACACUGCCAUCUGUGUAUUGCCACCAAAGCUUCCCACCAGUUUGACCGAACUAUAUGUCUCAUCGCCCUCACUGCAAAGAGUUCCAAAAUUCUCUAAGCUGAAGAAUUUAGUCAGAUUGGUUCUAAUAAAUUACGGCCGCAGGUACAAUGAAUCAGGUCAAGUACGACCUUCCAAGUUGAGGGGGAUAGGGAAGCUACACAGACUAGUGGAUUUGACAUUGGAUAUGAACAUCACUUCCUUUCCUAAGCAGAUCAGUUCCCUCUCUCAGCUACAGAAACUUACUUUGAGGGGCUCACAUUUGCAGUCUUGCCCACCUCUUCCAUCCAACUUGUCAACGUUGAUUCUUACACGCUUAGAGGAAAGGAUCAAACUGCCACAACUUUCCAAUUUGAAAAGUCAUCUGUCAGAGUUAGAAAUCCACAAGUGCUCUAUGGAAGAUGACAUAGUUGGAAAACUUGGAAUCAGAGAGUUGGACUCCUUGAGUUACAUCUCUUUUGAGUGCUGCAACUUUAGGCAUCUCGAUGGGUUUCACUUGCCAGAAAGUCUACGUAGACUGUUCGUGGAGGGAUGCAGCUAUCUGGAGACUGUAUCUGGUCUAUCGCAUCUAAAGAACUUGCAAAGUUUGGAAGUUUCUAUGUUAGAUUUGAUAGUCGAAAUCCCGGAGCUGGGGGAAUUGGAGUCCUUGCAAUCGUUAAAGAUUGGCUUCUGUGAUCGCUUGGAGAGAUUAGAGAACCUGUCGAAGUUGAAAAAGCUAAGACAUAUUGAGAUUUUUCAGUGCGAAAAGUUCAAAGGCAUUGACAACAUCAGUGAAUUGGAAUUCCUGGAAGUUCUUCGCGUAUUUUCGUGUGAUUGUGAAGAUAUGGUAAACUUCAAACCCUUCUCCAGGCGAAACAAAGAUCUGGAUUGAGGUGGUUGAAUUCAGCAACUCUGAACUCUACUGACGUAUGAUCAAAGCAGUGGAUAUAGAAACACAACAAAUCUCUGAUCUAGCGGUAUGUCCUGUUCCUGACGUGCUGGUCAAACUUCCUUUAUUCAUCCAGAUUUGUGCGAGCCAGAAUGUCUGUGCAGACAGUUGAUGAGAUGAUGGCAAGUACUCAUGAGGACGUGCAUAGGUGGUGAAUUUUUUACAUUUAAUACUCAACAGCUCUUCCAUUGGGGCUCCAUGGCCUGGUGACCUUCUAUCAGCCGUACCUUUGAGCUAGCAACCGGCAGGGAGGUCAUGAAGCAGCACCAUCGGGCUGCAUCAUCGACUAUACAACAAGGCCUUGAGCAGCUGGGCAAGCUCUAGAGGGCUACCAAGUCAAAUGGAGGAGGUCCAGGAGAAAGAGUUGAAGAAACUGUUGUCACUGAAAACACUGCGAAUCAGGAGACUAAAAUCUCUGGAAUGAAUUUUCAGAAGAUCUUUGUCUAAUUGACGUGCAUUUACACUGCUGAAAAAGGAGGAGUAUAUUCUCAGUCAUCCGUUAAUUGAGGAAUGAUGCAGAGCUGGUACAGAACCUGUUGGGCAUGGGUUUCAAGGUCAGGAAGCACAUCUCAUGUUUCCAUGUUCCCAUAUCAGUGAGCUCUAUGUCGUGUUCUAAAUUGGAAAAUGUGUGGUGUGGCAUUCUGAACUAUCUCACUGAGUCGAGCAACUGAGCAUCUGGAUGAGUUAUGAGCAUUAAAAAAUUGUAUAUGUAUAAUGGGAAUCUCUUGGCUCUGAACAUUUUUGCAGGACCCCCUGGUAAUGAAAGGAACUAGCUUAGUGCCUUUAAUCGGAACAGAUAUCUGUCAUCAUGGAAGCUAUCUAUGGGUGUAUCUUCUGUGGUCCGAUCCAUAACAGUAGCAAUUGGAAAUUUGAUACGCAAUUCUUAAUCGUUCCAGCUUCAGUGCCCUUUUUGCCUCUUUAAUCCUUAAAGUACUUAUGAAUGGUCGUAUUGUAACUAUGACUAUGUUCCCUGUGGUUUUUAUUGGAAAACUUUAUGGAA